AUGUGCAAGCACUUCGGCGCAGAGGGCCACGCGUCCAUCGACAUCACCAAGGGUCGCGAGGUGCUGCCCGCCAACGUCAAGCCCAUCCACUACGACCUGACACUCGAGCCCGACUUUGCCAACUUCACCUACCAGGGCACCGUCACCAUCGAUCUAGAUGUCGUCGACGACACCACGUCCAUUGCCCUCAACACCAACGAGCUCAAGAUCCACUCGACCAAGGUCACGGCCGGCCAGCAAGUCAUUACCGAGUCGCCCCAUGUCGCCACCGACGACGAUGCGCAGACGACCACGGUCAGCUUCGACCAGACCAUUCCGGGCGGUAGCCAGGCGAAGCUCACCAUGGCAUUCGCCGGAGUGCUGAACGACAACAUGGCCGGCUUCUACCGCUCCUCCUUCAAGGCUGCCGACGGCUCCACCACGUACAUGGCCACGACGCAGAUGGAGCCCACAGAUGCCAGGCGGGCGUUUCCUUGCUUCGACGAGCCCGCGCUCAAGGCCAAAUUCACCGUCACCCUCAUCGCCGAUGAGAAGAUGACCUGUCUCAGCAACAUGGACGUAGCGUCGGAGAAACAGAUCCAAAGCACCAUCUCGGGCGGAAGGCGCAAGGCCGUCACCUUCAGCCCGACGCCUCUCAUGUCGACCUACCUCCUGUGCUUCAUUGUCGGUGAGCUCAACUACAUCGAGACGAACAACUUCCGCGUCCCUGUGCGAGUCUAUGCGCCAAAGGAUCGAGACAUUGAGCACGGCCGCUUUUCGCUCGAGCUGGCGGCAAAGACGCUGGCAUUCUACGAAAAAACCUUUGACAGUCCCUUCCCGCUGCCCAAAAUGGACAUGGUCGCGAUUCCCGACUUCAGUGCAGGUGCCAUGGAAAACUGGGGCCUCGUCACAUAUCGUGUCGUCGACGUGCUCAUUGACGAAAAGGUCAGCGGGGCAGCUACCAAGCAGCGCGUCGCCGAGACGGUGCAGCACGAGCUUGCCCACCAGUGGUUUGGUAAUCUCGUGACCAUGGACUUCUGGGACGGCUUGUGGCUUAAUGAAGGAUUUGCAACGUGGAUGUCGUGGUAUUCCUGCAAUGUCUUCUACCCUGACUGGAAAGUCUGGGAAGGCUAUGUUACAGACAAUCUAGCCAGCGCACUCUCGCUCGACUCGCUACGAAGCAGCCAUCCCAUCGAGGUACCGGUAAAGCGCGCAGACGAGAUAAACCAGAUCUUCGAUGCCAUCUCAUACUCCAAGGGCUCGAGUGUCAUCCGCAUGAUCUCCAAAUAUGUCGGAGAGGACACCUUCAUGGAAGGAAUCCGCCGGUAUCUCAAAAAGCACGCCUAUGGCAACACAGAGACUGGUGACCUCUGGGCUGCCUUAGCAGAUGCCAGCGGCAAGGAUGUUGGCAAGGUCAUGGACAUCUGGACCAAGAAGGUCGGCUUCCCAGUCGUUACCGUCACGGAAGGCACUGAUUCCAUCCACCUUAAGCAGAACCGCUUCCUCCGCACUGCCGAUGUCAAGCCAGAGGAGGAUCAAACCCUGUACCCCGUAUUCCUUGCGCUGCGGACCAAGGAAGGAGUUGACGAAGACUUGACGCUUUUCGAUCGUGAAGCCGACUUUAAGCUCAAGGAACUCGACUUCUUCAAGCUUAAUGCGGACCACUCUGGCCUCUACCGGACCUCGUACACGCCAGAGCGCCUACGGAAGCUGGGCAUCUCGGCCAAGGAGGGCCUCUUGACCGUUGAGGAUCGAGCUGGCAUGAUUGCUGACGCAGGCUCGCUGGCGGCAUCUGGCUACCAGAAAACGUCUGGUAUACUCUCGCUCCUUGACAGCUUCAAACACGAAGCAGAGUUUGUCGUCUGGGGAGAGAUCACGGGUCGUAUUAGUUCCCUCCGGGGUGCAUGGAUGUUUGAGGACCAGAAGAUCCGGGACGCUCUGAAGAAGUUCCAGUUGGAGCUCAGCGCAGAGAAGGCACAUGAGCUGGGAUGGACAUUCAAUGAAAAAGACGGUCACAUCGAGCAGCAGUUCAAGGGUCUCAUGUUUGGUGCUGCCGGUAUCGCUGGCGACGAAGAGAUUACCAAAGCAUCAUUUGACAUGUUCGACAAGUUCAAGGCAGGCGACAAGUCUGCCAUUCACCCCAACAUCCGCGGCAGCGUGUAUGCCAUUGUGCUAGCGAAUGGUGGGCAAGAAGAGUACGAUGUCAUCGUCAACGAGACUCGGAAUGCCGCUACAAGCGACGAGCGCAACUCGGCUCUUCGCGCACUAGGCCGUGCCAAGUCUCCAGAGCUCAUUCAGCGCACGCUUGCCAUGGCUCUCAGCGACGAAGUCAAGGGCCAAGACAUCUACUUGCCCAUUGCAGCAUUGAGGUCACACGCGGAGGGCUGUCAUGCGCUCUGGAAGUGGGUCAAGGAUAACUGGGAGGAGCUGGAGAGAAGGCUCCCCCCUAGCCUGAGCAUGCUGAGUUCGGUGGUUGCCAUUACAACAUCAGGCUUCACCCACCGGGAACACAUAGAGGACAUUGAGGCGUUCUUCAAGGGCAAGAGCACCAAGGGCUUUGAUAUGGCGCUGUCCCAGAGCAUCGACGCCAUCAGCGCCAAAGCCGCAUGGCUUGAGAGGGAUGCGGACGAUGUCAAGACGUGGUUGAAGGAACACAAGUAUCUGCAGUAG